AAAAAAAAAAAAAAAGGGUAAGCAUAGUUACCGAAAUAAAACUACGGAGACUGAAAGCAACAAUAGCAAUUGUCUUACCUUCCUUUCUUCUUAAACUAAUAUUAUGAUUGAUUAUCAACAAAAAAUAAACGAAUUAUUAGAACAAUGUCAAAAUGAAUGGGUGAAUUUAGAUAAAAUCGUCAAAGAAAACAAAGCAACUUCUUCUAUUCAUUAUAUAUGUAAAGAUUUACGGGAAGGCAUCAAAAAGUUGGUUCAGCUACAAGAUAAUCUGGAUGAAAUUGGUACUAUUGUCGAGAAUAAUUCUGAAUGGAAUAAAAAAGCAGAUCUAUUAAUGGAGGAUGUUCGAAAAAAAUUACAAGAAGCCUUGAAUCUGUUAAUGUAAAACCAGUGACAAGUCAAUCCUCACCAUUAAGAUUGUCAACAACUCAAACAUUUAAACCAACAGAUAACACUCAUGUUUUGGAUAUUAAAGAGGUACACAAUAAUGAAGACGAUGAUGAAGAUUCUGAUGAACAAUUCUUGGAUGCUUCAGAAGAAUUGCCUGAACCAGACCGGGAAUUAACGAUAAACAAUUAUGAGGAAACUGGUAUAGCGCAACCUACUCUUAGUUGUAGCCCAUCUUCUUCUAUAUCAAAAACAACUAUUGAUUCUAUGUCAUUUGAGAAUAGACCGAUUUUCGGUCGAAGAUCUAUUACGGUAAGCUAUUAUUUCUUUCAAUGAAUAAACAAAUAUGACAUAUAGCUUAUUGCAUAGCAAAAAAAAAAAAAAAAAA